GGCGUGCUAUGAGCUGUCUGAAGUUGAAAACACUGACUGUCCGUGGUAUUUCUGCUUCCCUGCAACGUGCACUGCCAAUGCAAACUAUAUUUGUGUUGACCUCUAAUAAUCAAAGAAGAUAUUUUUGACAGAUCUUGUCAUUUUCCUCAAGGACUGUUAACAUUACCAGCAACCUUACUGCUCGACUUUAAGUGACAAGCGAGCCUUCGGUUUAAGGCUUUAGGAGGACCGUAAACAAGCGAGUAAUGGCGACUGAGAUUGAAGCAUGGAGCACUGGCCCUCAAAACGAUGGUGUGUUCUCGCUCGAGCAGAAGCAGGACGAGGAGGACAGCGAGGAUCUGAAUGAGCUGGAGGUGAACGGGAACUGGACUCCUCAGGAAAAGGCCCUGCACGAGGCCCGGCUGAAAGCCAAGGCUAAGCGGCGUCUGCGUAAGACAUCGUCCCGUGAUUCCACCCGAGACUCUCUCUCGGACUCGGUGUCAGGAGAGCCGUCGACCGAUCCACACAGCCCUAAGGCCAAAGCUGCUGUAAAUGACCGAAAGUCACGGACCGGAAAAGGCAGAGGACUGCCUAAAAAAGGUGGAGCGGGGGGUAAAGGUGUGUGGGGCGCAGCGGGGAUGGUGUACGAGCUGGAGGAACCGGACACUGAUGACCCUAACUAUGAUGAAGCUGCACAGGGAGACACGGUGUAUGCCACAGUAGUGCCAGAGCUGGACGAGAGGGAGCUGGAGAAGACCAUCAACCCCAUCGUACAGGAGUACUUCGAGCACGGAGACACUAAAGAGGUGGAGAUGCUGCUCAAAGAGCUGAACCUGGGCCAUCACAAGUUUGAGUUCUCGUCUCUGGCUGUGUCUCUGUCUCUGGAAGGCAAGGCCAGCCACAGGGAGCUCACGUCCCGUCUGCUCUCAGACCUGUCUGGAAAGGUGCUCUCGGAGACUGACAUGUCUCGUGCCUUCGACAAGAUGCUCAAAGAGCUGCCCGACCUGAUCCUGGACACACCGGACGCCCCACAGAUGCUCGGUCAGUUUAUUGCACGAGCCAUUGCUGACCACGCUAUACCCAUGAGCUUCCUCGACUGCUACAAAGGCAAAGUAGAUUGUGAUCACGCCAGAGCCGCGCUGGACCGAGCAGCAGUUCUCCUCUCCAUGAAGAGAGAGAUCAUGCGGCUGGAUAAUGUGUGGGGAGUUGGUGGAGGCCAGAGACCGGUCAAACAUCUCAUCAAAGAGAUGAACCUGCUGCUGAAGGAGUACCUGGUGUCAGGUGAGCUCUCCGAGGCCGAGCACUGUCUGCGAGAUCUAGAAGUGCCACACUUUCAUCACGAGCUGGUCUAUGAGGCUGUGGUCAUGGUUCUGGAGUCCACCGGUGACACAGCCUUGCAGAUGAUGGUCAAACUGCUGAAGGUCUUCUGGCAAACCGGCCUCAUCACUCUGGACCAGAUGAACAGGGGCUUCCAGCGUGUUUACGACGAGCUGCCGGAGAUCAGUCUGGAUGUGCCUCAUGCACAAUCCAUUAUGGAGACCUUCGUGGACCUCUGUCACCAGGAGCAGGUCAUCACCAAGCAGCUGAGAGACUCCUGUCCCACCAGGGGGCGCAAGCGCUUCGUGAGUGAAGGUGACGGAGGGCUGGUGAAGAGCUAGAAGCACCAGGAAUCAGUUCUGACCGUCUUCAUCUCUCAUCCUCCGAGAAAACAGGAUCGUCAUGCAGAAGAGCUCCAGCUGCUCUCUCUUCUGUUACAGGCUUUGUUUGUGAGUUUCUGCAUGCAGCGUGAGCGCUGUGGCGAAGGAAAAACAGCAGCUUCCAGUGGCCAUGAAAUACAGUUUGGGUUGAGGGAUUAACAUUGCUUUAUGUUUUCAGCUUCAGUUGUUUUUUGGUUGUUGAUGUUCACAGGUGUUCACUUGUUAGUGUUCACUUGUUAGUGUUCACUUGUUAGUGUCCACUGUGCUCCCUCAAUAAUUUUUUUUUUUCUUUUUUCUUUUUUGAAAUGUAAUGCAUACAAAAUGAGGGCUAAAAGAAGGUAUUAAAUAAAUUGUGCUAUAUUCAAAUGAAGUGCUUAGUCAAACUCUUGGGCCGAAAUACAACAUUUGAUGGGGUCAAGUCUAUUUGUUUUCAUUUUUAUUGCAUGUUUUCUUUUUACUGCGUAUAGAAUCAUCACACAUGUACAGACUGACACGGUUCUGCCUGGUUCACAAACACAGACUCUUCUGCAGUUUGAUCUUCCUGAUUUAUGUCCUAAUCAAUCUACUUCUGAUCUGUUCCUGGAGCCAAAGAAUGGAGGAGAGAGCAUCGUCACCUCUCGGAAAAACACAAAUUGAGACCACAAUCUCUCGUUCUCAUAGCAGAUAGAUGUUUUGUACUUGAUUGAUGACUGGGAAAACUGGUUAAAUUGUGUCAGUGCGGCUGAAUGAUCAUUAAAUAGUCUUUUUGAGUUUCAGUAAAUCAGCCCUGGGUUCAAUCAACACUUUUGAUUCUAGUAUAAUGGAAGGAAGGGACUAAUUUAACCAACAGGGCUUUUGCACAUGUGCUCACUCUUUCUAUGUUUGUCAUGAAACAGUUUUUCAAAGCAAUAACAUAUUUUUUUCAAGCAGCAGGUCCAGCAUUUGACACUAAAAUUCAAAUAAAAUUCAUAUUGCUCAUGUUCA